CUAACUAUAUAUAGUUGUGUUGUCUAUAUAUUGUUGAAGAAGAAGAAGAUAGGUUAUAGGCAUGUACUAGAGCGUAGGAGAUAUAGUGGGCGUAGGUGGGGCUUGCGCCCCUGCCCUGCUAUAACCUUCACCGCACUGACGGCACAUGGCACGUGGUCACAUGGACUGCCCUGGAAUUGUUCAUGUCGAAGGUCAUUGUUCUCUUCAAGACCCCCAACACCAGUGCACCAAUUAUGAAAGAUCCCGACGAUGACAUUCUGGCCAAGAGCCCAAGGGUUGCUUCGCGUGCGCACUGGCUUGCGACGACGCUGGUCCAACGUCUCCGCCAGACGAUUUACACCGGGCUGAUCAUCCGGUGUUCUCACUGUAGAACAAAUCGCAACACGACCCGGUCACGGUUGGUUGCACUGCUACAAUAGAGUCAUGGCUCAAAGCCUCAGUCUGCCUUGCCUUUACAUAUCGAGG